GAGGUGGUGACCGGAAGCGGCUGCGGUUUUCAGCCGCGGUUUGAUAGUUGUUGUCAAGAGGAUCUCAGUGCCCUGUGCCGGAGGGAUGUGGAGGUGAUGGGGACCCGGGGAGGGUUUCUUGGAGUCUCUGAGGAGCCGCUGGGUCAGACCCCGUAGUGAAGGCUACAGGAUCUUCCUUCUGGCCCCAGAAGCUCUGGCUGAAUCCACAGGUGCCCACCUAUUCUUGGGCUCCUGGGAAGAUCAGAAUUGUCCACAAGAGAGCCUGAGGGCUGAGGCCCUGCGUGACCAUGCCUGCCGAUCAGAGCUCUCCUGGGCCAUCCGUGGCCCUGACUACAGAGGGACCUGACAGCUCCUGUGAGGUCUCAGUGUCCUUUGAAGAUGUGACCGUGGACUUCAGCAGGGAGGAGUGGCAGCAGCUGGACUCCACUCAGAGGCGCCUGUAUCAGGAUGUGAUGCUGGAGAACUACAGCCACCUGCUCUCACUGGGGUAUGAAGUUCCCAAACCAGAGGUCAUCUUCAGGUUGGGGCAAGGAGAGGAGCCAUGGAUGUCAGAGGGAGAAACCCCACAUCAGAGCUGCUCAGAUGGGAAGUUUGGGAUUAAGACCUCACAAAAAAGAAUUUCUGGAAAAGUUUCAUUUCAUAGUGAAAUGGAGGGUGAAGAUACAAGGGAUGAUUCAUUGUAUUCCAUUUUAGAAGAACUGUGGCAAGAUGCUGAACAGAUAAAGAGCUAUCAGGGAAACCAGAAUCCUGCUGCUUUCAUCAAUAAGAAAAUAUUGAAUACAGAGUGGGAUUAUGAAUAUAAAGACAGUGGAAAAUUUGUUCAUCCAGGCCCAAAUCAUAUUCUUUCACAGAAAAGACCUCAUAAACGUGACUCAUUUGGAAAGAGUUUAAAGCAUAAUUUAGAUUUACAUAUUCAUAGUAAAAACAGUGCAGCAAAGAACUUUGAUAAGAUUAUUGGACAUGGUCAGGUUUUCACCCAGAGCUCUUCUUAUACUAACCAUGAAAAUACGCAUACAGGAGUGAAAUUCUGUGACAGCAAUCAGCAUGGAAAAGUCUUCAGCCUCAAACAAGCGCUUGGUCACAAUCUGAAAUUUCCUGUUGGGGAGAAAGCAAAUAUGUGUACUGAAUUUGGGAAGAUCUUCACCCAGAGGUCACACCUCUUCGCACCUCAGAGAAUUCAUUCUAUGGAAAAACCUCAUGAGCUUAGCAAAUGUGUAAAUGUUUUUACACAGAAGCCACUACUCAGUAUAUAUUUGAGAGUUCAUAGAGACGAAAAGCUCUAUAUAUGUUCUGAAUGUGGGAAGGCGUUCAUCCAGAAUUCAGAAUUAAUUUUGCAUGAGAAAAUGCAUACUAGAGAAAAACCCUAUAAAUGCAGUGAAUGUGGAAAAUCAUUUUUCCAAGUGUCAUCUCUACUGAGGCAUCAGACAACCCAUACUGGAGAAAAACUUUAUGAGUGCAGUGAAUGUGGGAAAGGCUUCUCCCUGAACUCAGCCCUCAAUGUACAUCAGAAAAUUCAUACUGGAGAGAGACACCACAAGUGCAGUGAGUGUGGGAAAGCCUUUACCCAAAAAUCAACACUCAGAAUGCAUCAGAGAAUUCAUACAGGAGAGAGGUCCUAUGUAUGUACUGAAUGUGGGCAGGCCUUCAUCCAAAAGGCACACUUGAUUGCACAUCAAAGAAUUCAUACUGGAGAGAAGCCUUAUGAAUGCAGUGACUGUGGGAAGUCUUUCCCUUCUAAAUCACAACUCCAGAUGCAUAAGCGAAUUCACACAGGAGAGAAACCCUAUAUAUGCACUGACUGUGGGAAGGCCUUCACCAAUAGGUCAAAUCUCAAUACUCACCAGAAAUCUCAUACUGGAGAGAAGUCUUAUAUAUGUGCUGAAUGUGGGAAGGCCUUCACGGACAGGUCAAAUUUCAAUAAACACCAGACAAUUCAUACUGGAGAGAAACCCUAUGUUUGUGCUGAUUGUGGAAGGGCCUUCAUCCAGAAGUCAGAGUUAAUUACACAUCAGAGAAUUCAUACCACAGAGAAGCCUUAUAAAUGUUCUGACUGUGAGAAAUCCUUCUCCAAGAAACCACAUCUCAAAGUACAUCAACGAAUUCACACAGGAGAGAAACCAUAUAUAUGUGCAGAGUGUGGGAAAGCCUUCACUGACAGGUCAAAUUUCAAUAAACACCAGACAAUUCAUACUGGAGAUAAACCCUAUAAAUGUAGUGACUGUGGAAAGGGCUUCACUCAGAAAUCAGUUCUGAGUAUGCAUCGCAAUAUUCAUACAUGAAAGUAACCCUGUUUCUUGCAAGUGAGAAAACCUUUAUCAUAGCAGUCAGGUCUAAGUGUGUUUUAUAAAAUUCAACCAAAAUCCUAUAUGAAUACCUUGCAUAAUAAAAAGCAUUCAUCAAGCUCUCUCACCUGAGAUGAGAAAAAUUACUCUAAGAAUGCACUGAAUGAAGGGAAAUUUCCAUAUUUGCACAGACUCACAAAAUAUAAUAGAAUUCAUACUGGAAAAUCAGCUUGAUGCAUUAGGAAAAACCUUCCUGUAGAAAGUAUUAUAAGGCACCAUUGCCCAAUUCGUUAUACAAGGAGUGUGCAAAAUUAUAUAAAUGACAGUAAUGUUUACUGUGUUAUAUUAAGCAAUUUAAAAUGUCAACAAAAUGAAAGAUAGGACAACAAAAUAUGUUUAUGUGCUCUCAGUUCUGUGGAGUGUUUUUGUAGCAGAAAACAUUACACAAUGGAAGGAAUAAUUGAAUUGAAGUUUUUUAAUUUAAUAUAAUCUUGUCUAUCGAAUAUGUUUCCUGCUGAAUAUUUCUCUCACAUGAAUCCAUAAAGUCAUUAUAGUUUUUUUCAUUAUGGUUUUAUAUAUACACAAAUCUGCAAAUACAAUUUUACACGAGCACAUAAAUAUAAUCCUGUCAUUCAUAUUGGUUUCCAUGACAUCAUGUUUUUAUCUUCUUUCAUUGUGGUACAAUGCAAAAUAGCCACAGAUCUCUCCCAUCCUUUUAUGCACACUCCUUUGUAAUGUUACUCUUGUUUCUCUUAAGAGGUAGGGCUGUCUCUCUCUACUCCUUGACUCUGAGCUUGGCCAUGUGACUCGCUUUGGCCAAUGUACAUUAGCAAAGAGAUUCAAGAAGAUGCUGGAGAAGUGUGAAAAGCCUGCUUUGAGGCUUACCCUCUCCUGCUGCCCUUUGGAAUUCUCAAACUUUCAUGUGAAGAAGCUCAGAUUACUGAAGAUUGAGAAACCACAUGGAGCGGAGAUGAGCCAGCCCACCUCAGGCUCCUUAGACCAAAUGCCAGACAUGGGGGUGAGGCCUUCCUUGACCUCUAGCCCCAGCCACAGCAAAAGAGCCACACCAGUUAUCCCAACCAGUGAAUUACGAGAUAAAAUGAUUACUGUUUUAAGCUUCUAAGUUUUGGGGUAGUCUGUUGCACAGCAAAUGCUGAGUAGUACCUAAAAUUGUACGCAUACUGGGGGUAUUGUAUCAAAACAUAAGACACGGCAUUAUUAGCUUUGGGCCUGGGUGAAAGGUGGAGGCUGGAAAAACAAUGAAGAAAAUUGUUAAGAAAGGCUGGAAAAGACGGCAGUUUAUGUUGUUUAGUAAGGAAAAGAUAGCAAAACAGUCACCAUGCUCUGUGGAAAAACUAAGGAUGUACCAAAUGAACUUGUGGAUCUGGCUAAAGAGAUUUCCAACAGAAUGCUGGAAGUAUCAGUUUGCUCAUUUUAGCUGCAUAUGAUAAGGUACAGAAAGAAAAAUAUGAACUCAGUAAACAACUUCCAUUUGCAAGCAGAAUUAAGAAGAAAUACAAAAAAAAAAGGCCAGGACUUAACUUUGUUCAAAAAUAACUGCUUUACAUAUCCAGUCUUUCCAACCAUCAGAAUAUUCUCAAGGUGAAAAAAAAUGGCCUCAGGGCAGAGAUCAAAUUAUGCAUGUGGCUGUGAGACCCUUUGUUAAAAUGUGUGAAAUAUUUAAGUUGGCGUUUGGGAAACCCUCUCAGCUAAGCUGAACAGCUUCUAAAAACUUUUCAACUUUGUCCUCAGUAGCCCAACCCACUACUCAAAAUCGAGAGGGGCCUGUCUUAAAAAGAAUGGUUGAUGUUGCAUUUGGGACAUGGACUAACAGAUUCGUAGGAAACCUGUAACAGUUUUAAUAGAGUUUUACUAGCGAAACUACCUCCAGGUUGGACUUAAAGAGACUGAAACAGUCCAAAAUGAAAAGUGGCUUCUGGACUCCCGUCUUUAACUUCUGUGAACAGGAAGCAAACUGAGAAAAUUACUCAGCUGCAAACAUGGGCCAUUUCUUAUGGGAAAAGAAGGCCAUCUCAGAGAGAAGACCCAAGAACAAGGGAUUAAAAUGGGCCACGAAGCCACUCGCAGGUAGAACUGUGACCUAAGCAAGAAACAUCAUUUGCCCCUGGACCAGGGAGACCUGACAACAUUUGGUCUGUGGGAUUUCAGAAUUGUUAUGGAACAGUGACUGAUAUGUGCCUCUUGUUCCUUCCCUUUUUGAAAGGGAGUAUCUAUUGCAGUUAUCCUGUCCCUAUCUCACUAUUGUAUUUAUAUUUGUGUGUGUGUGUGUGUGUGUGUGUGUGUGUGUGUUGGGUGGGGGGGUGGUCAUAUGACUUGUCAAUUAACUCACAGGUCUCUGGAUCAAGAAACUGAGAAGCUACACCCAGAGAGCCUCAGUCAUAUCUGAACCUGAUAUAGAAGACUUAAGGUCUUGGAUUUGAGCCUGAUGCCAUAAUUUGGGAUAGAUAUCUAGAGGUCUUGGGAAGGGAGUGUACAUGUUUUGCAUGGUGUGCUAAUGUAAAUAAUUUGUGACCAGAAGAUAGACUGUGUUAGAUAGAAAAUGCUACAAUUUUCCAUCCCUAUAUGUGUGCCUGUUUUCAAACAUUAUUUUUCUCUUUGUUUUUCAGUUGGGAUAAUAUCUACUAGCCUAUCUUCAAGUUCACAGAUUUUAACCCCUACCCUGGCUCUGUCAGGUCUACUGAUAAACCCAUUGAAGGCAUUCUUCAUCUCAGUUAUGUUCUCUUUUUAUUUCUAGUGUUUCCAUUUGGAUCAUAGAGUUUUUAUCUUUCUGCUGAAAUUCCCCAUCUGUUCAUACCUGUGGUUUACAUUUUCCACUACCCUCUUUAAUAUAUUAAUCACUUUUAUUUUAAGUUUUCUGUGUGGGCCGCCUCUCUUGCCUUCUGAGAUGGCCCGCAGUCUGUCCAUAGAGUCUGUAUCUCCCUAAAUAAAUUUGCUUUCACUUUUUAAAAAAUUAAAAAAAAAUAAAUUAUCUGUUUGAUAGUUCCAACAAUGGGA